AUGUCCUACCAAUAUACUGUCACCGAACGCAGGCGCAGAACAACGAACAGCGGUUACGGCCACUCUGGACACAGGUCAACAUUUGGCUACUGGGUGCCCUUGGUCGUCACUGUAACAGCUGCCGCCAUAGGAGUUGCCGCUUGGGUAUGGAGUGAGCGGCGCGAUGAUGAAGAAGAGUCGAGCGAGGAGGAACACUACCCGGGAGGAGUGCCACCUCCAGGAUAUGCAAGCAUGAGUGGCGCACUACCUGCUGGACCACCACCACCAGGUGGCUAUCAAGGGCCCCCAGGUCCCGGACCAGAAGGCUUUCAGGGUCCGCCGAUGAUGCCAGGUCCAAACCAACCCGGCGGCUUCCAAGGCCCUCCACCGCCUCCUGGAGUCCAAGGUCCAGGACCUGAAGGCUAUCGUGAAGCUCGCGGGGAAUAUUACGCUUCCAGGCCAACAGUGGAAGAGCAACAAGAAGAGACUGGAUUCGUGGCCAGGAUGUCAAGCGCACUUGGCUUUGGUCGGUCGACAACCCCGUCGCAGUCAUUGACACGAGGGGAUCCGGUUCAACAGCCUUAUGACUGGACCAACAAGCCAUUCGCUUCUGGAGUCGCAGCUGCUGGCGCUAUGGUCGGUGCUGCCAUUAGCUCAAUCAGAGGUGACGGUGGUGAAGGUUACGAAGAUCACGAGCGAUGGAGUGAAGAAGUCGAACAACGCGAAAGCGCACAGGAUGUUAAGCAGGGAAUUAAACGCCGGGGAACAGCCGACGAGUUCUUCUCCGGCAAGGUCGACAUCCCAAGAGAGUCGUCCAUUGCUCGUCAAAAGAGAAAAGCUGUUGCUGUUGUUGUAUCUGCGGCCGGUCUGGGAUCUGAUGGUGAUGUGGAUCACGCUUCCAUUCUGUCAUAUCUGCCUGAAUAUGUCGAUCCCGACACAACCAGGGUUUUCGUUCUGAUAUAUGCUCCUGAACUGAAGGCGCAUCCACUUGGCAACAGAAUACCAUCACAAUCAAUGACAUCGUCCUUCUCAAACAUUAGCCAGGCCGAAGCGCAUACCCCAGCCCACACGCCUGGAGACUUUCCUUCAGGAACGCCAGAUGACGGUAUUCUAGCACAUGUUGAUCCCAAGCCAGUUGAAGAUGGAACAUCCGCGUAUAAGAUUCUUCGCGACCAAGCUCUCACAAUAGUGGACAGGGAGACAAUGAUCCUCCCAUUCACUUCAUCGAGAGGACACAAACACAUCUUACGAAGCCUCGCGCCAGAACUUGUAUACAUCCAAGAAUCUCUCUGCGGAGCUGAUGGCGAAAUUGUGUCGGAGCUUUCAGGUUGGGUGCGCCAAACUGUUGUCGUCAUUGGUGAUGAGGGAGGCCAAGGGGGGUUAGUGGACACUGACGAUGAGUCGGUCACGCAUAGGCCUGAGACGUGGUGGCAAAAGGAGGAGAGGACUGGACUUGGGAAGCGUGUUGGGGUUGUUGAGAGUCUGAAGAUAGGGGAGGACUGGCAAAGGCGAAUCAAUGAUCGAGACUGA